CUCUCUCUCUCUUCUCUCUUGUGGGACUAACAUUUUCACUUCCACCAGAAGCCCCUGCUCAAGCGAGCGAAGGAAGAGAAGAGAAGAGAAUCAAUACCCAAAAUGGCGAGCGAAGCCAAGACCAACGGCGGAGGGGGAGCAGGUGGUUUCAGGGCGAGGAUGGAACACUAUUUGUACAGCGGCGACAAGAAGCACGUCCUGGCUGGGAUCGCCGUCAUCACCGUAAUCUUUGGUGCUCCCUGGUUCUUCAUGAGUCGAGGGUCAAAGCACCAGUCCCAUCAAGAUUAUAUGGAGAAAGCGGACAAGGCUCGGAAAGAAAGGCUUUCUCCAUCUUCUAAAUGACACUGUAAAACCAGUGAUGUUUUACUGACCAGUUUUGAUUGUAGAGGAUGUAAAAGUGUUUGUCGUUGGAACAAAGAAUUGAUAAAAAU